AUGGAUCAGGGAGCCACCUUGCAACAAUUUGUCAAGACGGUGGUGAAUCUUGGCAGUGGUCUACUCUUAGCUAGGCUUCCGAUUCCGAGAACUCAGAAUGUCGGAGAUCUCGAACUUCUCAGCUUGGAAGGCCCUGCCAGACCUCCACUUUGCAUUGCAUUUCGACGCUCAGAAUCACCUCCACGCCACUACGAGGCGUUUAAAAAUACACAAGUGUUUCUGUUUAACGUGACCAUUCUUCAGUGA